AUGAGCUACGGUGGGUACGAUCAAGGUUACGGCGGCAAUCAGGUCUACGUCGGCGGCUUUGGCUGCAACAUGCAAGACUAUAGUUACCAGCAGCAGCAGACGAUGCCGUACCAAGCGCAUGGCGGCUACAACCCGUAUGGGCAACUUGAUGUAUACCCUCCGCAGCAGAUGAGUGGCGUGACCGGCAAUGCUAGUGGGGCUUACCAAUACCACGGCUGCACGCAACCGUGUGGGGACGAUGCUCACUCGACGGCGCUGAAGUCGUCGAAAAGCUUCACGGGCCCCCCGGCUGACGUGGAACGCAAACAGAGCACCGUGUCACGCACCCGUUCCGUUGCUUCGCGCAGCAAAGGCGGUGGCACGGGCAUGGCCCGUCACGGCAGCGUCUUCUUCGGAGCCCGCGAGCGCGACACCCAGGUGGCCAUCAGUACUCGCGGCGGCAUGAGCGUGCGCGGCCUUGACGAGGAGGAAUCCGAGGAGUUAAAGCAGUACUACGGAGACAUGGCGUGCCGUAACGAGGAGCGGCGCAUGGACGGGCUGAAAGCUGUGCGGAGCUACCGUGGCGACAUCGAGGACGGAGAGGACGUCGGCAAGCCGCGCCGCGUGACAAACCGUCGCAACAUAGACGGUCGCUCGGCGACCGGCUAUGGUGGUAUCAACUUCAAGCGCAAAGCAGCCAUGCGCAAUGGCGAGCAGUGGGGCGAAGUCGAGAUCCGCAACAGGUCGAAUGGCAACGGUGGCCGCUCGCGCAGCAUGGAGAGACCCGUCGUGCAGCAGCCGAUGCCCGGGCCGAGCAUGUACAUGUCACCCGCUGUGUUCGAGGAGCCGGCGGUGGUGCCGCAGAUAUACAAUCGGGAAGAUGUCCACUCUUAUAGCAACAUCAGUGACUCGUUUUCGGAGGCAGACGAAGGUGCACCGAGAGAUUUCGACUACUGA